UAAGCCAUCAGAAGCCGCACUCGGGAGCCAUGCAGCCGCUAGCACUCCUAAGCACCACGCUAUGCGCGGUGCUAUUGGUGAAGUUUUCCAACGCAUCUAAGCAACUCAAAAUUCCUCUGGUUUACGUUGGCCUCAACAAUACUUACUUGGGAAGGUCGCCUGUGCCGGAACCUCUCAGCUGCGACGAAGCCAUGCGGUACGUCGGCGUGGUAACCUUGGGCACACCACCGCAAUCAUUCAAAGUACUCUUCGACACGGGCUCGUCAAACCUGUGGGUGCCAUCGAGCAAAUGUGUUGACUCGAACAUCGGUUGCUCUCACGACUAG